GAAUUAAUUAAUUUUUUUGUGUUUGAUUCGAAAAAAAAAUCAAAAAGUCAAAUCAACUGCCUUCUCUUUUGUAUGAUGAUGACGAUGAUGAUGUUUAAUUGUAUAUUUCUCCUCUUAAUAUCAGGUCUUUAUGUCGAUGGUUUCCUAUUAUAUUCACCAAUCGAUUCCGGCGGUAUACGUGGAAAUGUUACAUUUUCGCAACAAACAGAUGAUCCUGAAAAUGUUCACAUCAGUGUUUAUCUUUAUUCACCAUCCGCACAGGAAACUCAACAAUUUGAUUGGGCUAUACAUGAAUUUCCUGUAUUCUUUGAUCUGAAAAAUCCUUGCCAAGCAACUGAACUUGGCAAAUCAUUAUAUGAUCUAUCAAGACAUGGCCGUAUUACGAUACCUAGUUCUGGUAGUCAAACAUUGUCGUUUAUUGAUAAAAAUAUCCAUCUUAAAGGACCGCAAACAAUUUGGGGCCGAUCUAUUUAUCUUAAAUCUACCAAUACAAGUGCACGAGCUUGUUCGAAUAUAAUGUCUACGAACAAAAGUAAAAUGGCCAUUGCUACAUUCACGGAAAAUGUUGCCGGAUCAAUUUUGUUUCGUGAAAAUGAAUUUCAAGAAACAAUGAUUUUCUCCAAUCUUUUUUACAAUAUCGAUGAUUAUCGUUCAGGAUCUCGUAAUGAUUGGAAAAUUAUGGUUACCGAUAUAUUAGACAGUAAUGAUAAUACAAAAUGUAAUCAAUUACAAAUAUUACUGGAUCCAGACAAUACACCAGAUUCGACUUGUUCGAUGAAUGAUCAACGUGAUUGUAAGAUUGGCGAUAUGUUGGCCAAACAUGGACAAAUUGUCGUUGGAAAUAAUAAUAAUCGAUAUUCGAAAAAAUUUUUCAUUGAUAUGCAUCUGCCACUUGAUUAUUUGGAAAGUAGUCGAAAUUUAUUCGUAGUAAUUUAUUGGAAAAAUAGCAACAAAAUUAUGACUUGUGCAAAAAUUACGCCAUUGUUAUCGAAAGAAGUUCGAGCUCAUUUUGAUGCCGAUGGUGUUAAAGGUGAUAUUAUGUUUAAACAAAAUUAUAAAAUCGAUCCAACUAUUGUAACGAUAAAAUUGGAUAAUCUACGUGGCCGUGGCAGAUAUUAUUUUAUUCACGAAUUUCCAAUCAUCCAGAAACAAACAAAAAAUGAUGAUUUAUGUGGCCAGGUUGGUGAUCGAUACAAUCCAUUCAAUAUUGAAUCACAACAAGCUUCAACAAUGAUUCAGGAUACAAAUGAUCAAUAUGAAGUUGGUGAUUUGAGCGGUAAACAUGGAACAUUAAGUGAAAUUCAAGAUAUACAAGCCUAUUUCAACAGUCACAUGGAUUUCAAUCUACCACUUUUUGGUGUUCAUAGUGUUGUUGGUCGUUCGAUUGUUAUACAUAAAGCUAAUGGAAAAAAAUGGAUCUGUGCCAAUAUCGCUUAUCCUGGCGGCAAAACAAUUGUGGCUAAAGCAAUUUUUUAUUAUCCAAUUGUCGGUUCAAUUGUGUUUCGUCAACAGGAUAAUGGUGAUCCGUUUGCGGCUACAACCGUUUUUGGUGAAUUGUUCUACUCGGAUGGAAGUGCAAAUAUCACAAGAAAUCAUCCAUGGCGUGUUCAUGUCAAUCAUGUCGGUAUGGAUUUCUACAAUUGGACUAAACGAUGUAUGAGUUGUGGUGAAAAUUAUAAUCCAUUCUCUAUAACAACCACUGCUGGUCGAUCAUAUCAAUCACAAUGUUCAUUGGAAAAUCAACUUCGUUGUCAAGUGGGAGAUUUAUUUCUUAAAUAUCGAAAAAUUGACAUUAAUCAUUAUUCAUCGAAUGAAAGCACGAGAUUUUUUUAUACCGAUACUCUUUUACCAUUAUCGGGAAAGCAUUCAAUAUUGGCACGAUCAAUUGUAAUUGAAGAUGAAAAUGCACCACAAAUACGUGGUAAAAGGAUGGCUUGUGCAACAAUACGACAAUCACAUCCGAUUACGGCAAUUGUUGAUGAAUGGAGAUCUAGUGCUGGCAUUUCGGCAAACAUUACCGGUCGGAUUGAAAUGCAUCAGGAAAGUGUAUUUGAUGAGACGAAAAUUAAAAUUUAUCUUCGUGGAUUGAACAAACUUGCUAGUGGCUAUCACAUUCAUAAGGCAUCCGUUCCAUUGGACAAAGAAUUUCCUUGUUCUGGCGACAUUUUAUAUGGCCAUUAUAAUCCAUUUGAAAUUGAUUCACAAAUUGGACCACUUCCUUCGAUUGGAUCGGUCGAUGAAUAUGAAACGGGUGAUUUGAGCGGAAAAUUUGGUCUUUUAAAUAAUUUGGCCACGUUUACCAAUGAAUAUAAUGAUUUUAGUCUACCAUUGAAAGGCAUUAAUAGUGUGAUUGGUAGAUCGAUUGUCAUUCAUCGUGAAGAAAAUAAUUUUCGUUGGACAUGUGCAACGAUCAAACCCAAAGUGGCGAAAAAUGAACGUGAAAUCAUAGCAAUUGCUUCGUUCGAUGAUCCAAGAAAUUUGAUUCAAGGCUAUAUUCGAUUUAGACAGAUUGAAUAUUGGGAUGGCAGUUUAAGUGAUACUUGGAUUGAAACUUAUCUUGCUUACCGUGGAAGCAAUAAGAAAACAACUUAUGGUCAUAAGUGGUCUGUCUAUGUAAAUCAAGUUGGUGCUGAUGCCUAUAAUCAAAUCGAUAGCGUUCGUUGUCUUGCUGGUGGUUUUCUAUGGAAUCCAUUUCUAGUGAGCAUUGAUAAAUCCUACAAACAUGAAUGUAAUCCUAAACAUCCAUUACGUUGUGCUUUGGGCGAUAUAAGUGGUCGACAUGAACCACUUGUUAUUGGUGGUGAUCGUCGUAUAUAUUCGGAUGUCAAUCUACCAUUAGUUGGUAACAAUUCAAUCAUCAAUCGGGCAUUAGUCAUUUCGAUGCAAAAUCAAAGUGAUACAUCAUUAGCUUGUACAAAUAUUAAAUUGGAUAAACAUCUAUUAUCGACGAUUGUCGUGCAAAAAGUACCGGCAUUCACUGUGGCUAAAUUUAUGCAUCAUAUGCGAUUAAAAUUGAAUACAACCGAAUGGCUAGUUGUUCCAGAGAUACAAAAAGCCAAAGAAAUGAACAAUGAUGAAUGUAUCCAGAUAAUGGUCCACUUUUAUGGCGACGAAGCAUGGAAAUUACAAUCUGAAUUUAAUAAUCUAAUCGAAUAUGGAUCAAUCAGACGUCCAAAUAAUGGUGAAUUGAUUAAAACUUAUUACAAAUCUUGUAAAACAGCAUUAUUACACUCAUCAUCAUCAUCCACGAUAAAUACUUCGGUUCAAUUAUCUGUCCUGAUUAUUGCUACAUUAAUCUUGACAGUUUUCCUUUUUCAACUGUGAUAAUAAUUUUAUUGAU